AUAUUAUUUCUCCUGCAGCAAUUGCUGAUAGCUUCUAGAAAUCUAGAGUUCUUUACAAAUGGAUAUCGCUACCUCAUUCAGAUUCUUCCAGCUGCUGUUGUUGCUCCCAUGUACUUCUCAGGGAAAAUAGAGUUUGGUGUAAUUAAUCAGUCUGUAUCUGCUUUUAAUCAUAUUCUCGGAGACAUCUCACUCAUUGUCUACCAGUUUCAAGCUAUCAGUGCAUUUUCAGCGGUCAUUGAUCGACUAGGGGAAUUUAAUGAUGUUCUGGAUGGCAGCGGCUCUAAACAACUCUAUGAUUCCCCAGAAGAGAUUAAUCUUAUCUACUGCAAUGUCAAGAGCUCAUCCUUGUUGGAGUCUAGUGGCUCGGUGCUUUCAGAUCACUGUCAAAAGUUACUGCAUAUUGAAAACCUGACUCUACAGACGCCAAUAAACAAAGCUGUAUUACUUAUGGAUUUGUCAUUGGUGAUUAACUGCAAAGAGCAUUUAUUGGUGAUGGGACCCAGUGGGGAGUGUAAAACUUCUUUGUUAAGAGCAAUGGCUGGGCUUUGGAGUACUGGAAGAGGAAAAAUCACAUUUUAUUUUGAGGAUGAAAAUGAGAAUCCACCAUCAACUUUAGAUAUUUCUUCUCUUGAAGAAAAAUCUGUGCAUAGUACGGAUGAGGAAUCUAGCAGGCAUGUAAAUGGAAAAUCUACAAGUGCAUUCUUCCUUCCUCAAAGACCAUAUAUGGUUCUUGGAACACUUCGGCAGCAGUUGCUUUAUCCUAUGUGGAUUGAAGAUGUGGUGCUGACCUCAGAUGCUGCUAAACCACCUGGUUCCUUGCCUUUCUUGAUGAGGACAUCAAACUCUAAUAAACCCAGAACAGAUGAUCUUAUACGUAUUUUAGAAGAUGUCCGGCUUGGCUACAUACUGCCUCGAUUUGGAGGUCUGGAUUCGACAUGUGAAUGGUCCAGUGUUCUCUCCCUUGGUGAGCAACAACGUCUUGCUUUUGCACGUUUAUUGCUUGCAAGACCCAAGCUGGCUCUACUAGAUGAAUCUACCAGUGCUUUAGACAAAGCCAAUGAGGUCCAUUUAUACAGGAAAAUUGAAGCCGCAGGCAUCACAUAUAUCAGCAUUGGCCACCGAGAAACCCUAUAUGAUUAUCAUAACAAGAUCCUACGUAUAUCUACAGCAGAACCUGAAACUACUAAACGUAAUUGGUGCCUUGAGGCCAUUGAACGCGAUAUUCAUAGUUUACCAAGGCAACAUUAGUGGAACUGGUUAUAUAUCCUCUCUUUGCACAGACAGUUCCAAGCUUAGUAUCCCAGCCUUUAGAAUCGCCAGGAAAGAAAAAUCAAACAAUAGGCAGGGACUGUCAGCCUAUGCGUGAGCAUUAGCUAAGGAAAAAAGAAAUGCCUUUUAUUUUCUAGGAUUAUGUAUUAAUACAAAAAUCAAACAAUAUUAUUACAAUUUAUUUUACAGUAUAUAUUUAGUUUAGCUUUUUUAGAAAAUAAAAAUUUUAUUUAAAACGA